UCACAACUUCCAUUAUCUAAAACUUCCCUUCAAAGCAUCAUCUCCAUCCUUUUGAGUCAUUUUCACAGACAAAAGCAAGAAGAUUAUAAACAUUUCUUGAAAUUGAAAAAGCCAUGGACACCACCAAGAAGGCUAGCAAGCAAAGCAAGGUAAGCAAAUUCAUCAAGUCUCCCAUUAGGAUCUUGAUCAAGGCUAGAGACAUUUACAUCAAGAGCAUGUCCGAAUGCUCCGAUCGGCUAGGUUACGGCACAGUCAUGGGUUGCCCUACAGGCCAAGUAGUGAACACUUUGCCUAAGAGUUUUAGCGUAAACUCGACAAAAUCAAGCAGCCAUGAUGAUGAUUAUAGAGAGCUUUUAAGGGCUGCUUCUACCAGAGGUUUAAACAGUAGGGUUCAGUUGGAUGUUCUUCAACGACAGCAAUCUCGAAAAUCUCUGAACACGACAGCAGCAACCCAUAUGCCUAGGAGUCAUAGUGUCGGUAUUGGAAGAAUCGAUGAAGAAAAGGCUUGCGAGUUUGAAGAUGAUUUCAAGGUCAGAACUGAUGUGUUUCCACGAAGCAGGAGCUAUGCUGUUCAUAGAAGAAGCAGUGGAGUGUUUUAAAUCAAGAAAAAAAAUAUUAUAACAAGUGCAGGUUUCUCGAUUAUUCUUCAUCUAGUUCUACCUAAAUUCUUCCUUCUCUGCUUGUUUUCUAUAUUAAUAUUCUUCCAGCUGCUGGUUUGUGUUUAAUCUUUUAAGCAAGUUAUUGUAAAGAAUGAAUUCCAGUGCGAUUUCUUGCUUAUACAAGUUUGUGUUGUCUCCAAAAAUGUCAAACUUCUUUUUCCUGUGAAUUUUCAAUUGAUUUCUUUAUUAUUUA